CCUGUAACCAAAUGACAGACAGCUCUUACCCUUUUUCAUAUUUAUCUACAUAUAUAAUAAAUACAUCAUAACUUCAACAUAUUUCUCGUGUUUAAACUUACUAAACCAUUAGACCUACAUGUAAUGCAAUACUUCUAAUAAUCGCGCAUCGGUGACGCCAGCCAGCCACCACAACGCCACAUCUGACAAGACGACAAUCAAAUGAAAAUCUUCGGUUGAUCAUUGAUAUUCACCCGGUGAUUCGGUCUCAAUCAUAUAUCCGUCACAAAUACUUCACCUAGGAUAUCGUCGACGAACUAUAUCUUCGACGCCCUUACGUUACGUACCUAGAUUCGUCAAGAUCUUUAAGACGCAAGGCUCGGGGCCAUCUAUAAACCGCAAUAAUUGCAGGAUCUUCAAAUACAAAUCAACUAUGCCUAGCAUUAUCCAAUUCGGCUUAGUUAUCGAGGCCAUUCUCAACAUUGUCGGGGCAAUCCCGUUCGUUCUGUAUCCCGAAUGGUGUUUAUCAUUCGCUGUCGCUACCAACGCUGAGACUGGUACCCCGACCGUCCCUCCAAGUUCCGCCUUACUAUGGCAGGUCUACGGCGUCCUUGUUCUUGCGCUUACAGUGCCGUUAAUCUUGUGCACCCCAGACUCCAAGGCCGCAUCUGAGAAGCGUCACAUAAUCUUCACCACGCUUCUCGCUGGAGAGGUUUUCAUCGAAGCCAUCUUACUUUGGCAUAUCUCCCAACCAGACAAGAGCGGCUUUACUCUAACUUCGCUUGUACUCAGCUCUCUUUUCUUACUUCCAGCUCUGUCUUGGCAUGCAUAUGUCACCUAUAUCAACCCGAACUUGGUCAACGAACUUUCAAAUAAGUCAGUUAAGAAAGCAAUUUAAAUUGGUACAGACAGCAAAGAGGCAGUCCUCGACUAUAAAUCAGGAAACCUACGAGUUCUACGACACGUCAAUCGACAUCGCAUCGGGCGUACAGAAAUCCAUUGCAUGUUUCCCACGCAAAUACUCGUAUAUACUAUUACAUAGAUAACAUAAUAUCGCAAU